AUGUCCCCUCUACAAACACUGAAGAAUGACAAAACUAUACUAAUUACCAAACCAGAUAAAGGACGGGGCGUUGUCAUUUUAAACAAGUGUGACUAUAAACAAAAGAUCAUGAACAUUCUCAGUGACCAUACAAAAUUCAAACGAAUCACUACUAAGGUAUCAACUCACCUAUUAUACCUAGAAGACAAGCUAAAAAGACUUCUCCGUACCAUAAGAGCAUCCAUUAAUGAAAAUACUUACAAUUUUCUUAUGACUUCUGGCUCCAGACCUAGCCUACUUUAUGGACUCCCCAAAGUUCAUAAACCUAACAUUCCUCUAAGACCCAUUAUUUCUUCAAUGGGUACUUUUAACUAUAACACUGCAACAUUUCUGGUUCCUAUCAUAUCCCCUCUCACCACUAAUCAGUACACAAUUGAAAAUUCUACCACCUUUGUAAAUGAAAUUACAUCCCUUAAACUUCAACAACCCAUCACCAUGGCAAGUUUCAAUGUUGAGUCAUUGUUCACUAAUGUUCCCCUUCAUGAAACCACAGAUUUAAUAGUCAACAAUCUAAACAGCACACAUCUCAACGAAUUUGGCCUGUCAAAAACUAACUUUAAAAAAUAA